AUGGCACCAUGGAUCAUUCUGUUGUUCGGCCUGGGACUGGCAGCAGCUAAGCUCACGGGUGACACAGAAACUGAUGCUGAUGAAGGCCAUGAGUGGGACAUCUUCAACAUCAAUGAAGCGGCUGGGCUGGACCUGCUGGAGGGAGAUAUCCAACAGGAGGAAACAUUCAGCAGAAACUCCAUCAUUGGAGAUGAGUAUCGCUGGCCAACAACCAUUCCCUACUACCUAGAGGACAGUCUUGAUAUGAAUGCAAAGGGGGUGAUCCUGAAGGCAUUUGAGCAGUACAGACUGAAGACCUGUAUUGACUUCACACCAUGGUCAGGAGAGGAGAACUACAUCUCUGUGUUCAAGGGCAGCGGAUGCUACUCCUCUGUAGGCAACCAGCACGUGGGGAAGCAGCGGCUGUCCAUUGGUAAAAACUGUGAUCGUCUAGGUACUGUUGAGCACGAGUUCCUGCACGCUUUGGGCUUCUGGCACGAGCAGUCCAGAGCUGACCGUGACGAUUACGUCAACAUCAUGUGGGAUCGCAUUGAGCCUGGUAAAGAGCACAACUUCAGAUCAUACGAUGACACCGUGUCCAGCGCUCUAGGCGUCCCCUACGACUAUGGCUCUGUAAUGCACUACAGUAAGACGUCCUUCAACGUCGGCUCCGAGCCCACCAUCGUCACCAAGAUCCCUCACUUUAUGGACGUGAUCGGUCAGCGGAUGGGGUUCAGCGCUGGUGACCUAACCAAGCUCAACCGUCUCUACGGCUGCAUCAAGUCUUCUACCUUUGUGGAAAGUUGUGACUUUGAGGAGGAGAACAUUUGUGGGAUGAUUCAGGGUCCUGGCAACAGAAAGUGGGAACAGCGUAGUUCUGUGAGUGGAGGGCCUCAGACUGACUUCUCCAGCAUGGGACAAUGCAAAGGAAAAGGCUACUUCAUGCACUUCAGCACAGCCUCUGCUGAACCUGGUGACCAUGCAGUCCUGGAGAGUCAGUGGCUUUACCCCAAACCUGGAGCUCAGUGUCUGCAGUUCUUCCUCCAUAACACCGCAGCAGCUGAUGACGUGCUCAAUAUCUGGGUGCAAGAGUAUGACGAGGCCAACCCCAGCAGUAAACUGAAGCUCUUCAAGAGUAUUUCAGGAGGUGUCAUGGGCUCCUGGGAGCUGCAGAACAUCAAUCUGCUUGUGUCACAGAAGGCCCGUGUGGUUUUUGAGGGUGUGAGGGGAAAGAGUCCAUCCAAGGGAGGUUUCUCUCUGGAUGAUAUUAACCUGUCAUCCACAAAGUGCCCUCAGCAUAUCUGGCACAUCCGCAACAUCACCGGCCUGCUGGCCACCACGCCAGCAGGAAGGAAACUGUACAGCCCUCGCUUCCUCUCACCUGCAGGUUACUCCUUCCAGGUAGGUGUGUACCUAAACGGAAGAAGCGACCGUCCAGGGUACAUGGCCGCCUACUUCCACCUGACCUCAGGCCCCAACGACCACACCCUCAAAUGGCCGUGUCCAUGGCAGCAGGGAACUAUGGCGCUGAUGGAUCAGCAGUCUGACGUCAGGCAGCAAAUGAAUAUGCACCGAAUGGUCACCACCGACCCUGGCAAGAUGUCCUCUGAUGGCACUGAGUACUACUGGGACAACCCCAGUAAGGUGGGCUCUAAAGUGACUGUGUCCGAUGGCAGCCACUACUAUCGAGGACCAGGCACUGGAACAAGCAGCUUCAUCACCCACAGCCGGCUAAAGAGCAGAAACUUCAUCAAAGGAGAUGAUGCCUUCUUCCUCCUCAGUCUGGAAGAUAUUUCUGAUCUGCUGGAAUCUCAGCCUCUUCCCCGCCCUGCCGUCCACGCUGAUGCCAGACUGAUGAAGGCUGCAGACGAAGGUGCUCCACGGGGAGCUGCUAAUAGCCCCGCGGUGAUCACAGCGGUGGCAGGGUGUGUGGCAGCCGUCAUGUUGGCGGUUUCCAUGCUGCUGUGGAGGAUGAGGAGGAGACCGCAGGAAAGCGACGAGGCGGUGAUCAUACAGGACGUGCCUGGAUUGACGGAGGUGAGCGAGCACCCGACCAAAGAUUUACCAUCUGCUUUCACCACUCCAUGA